GUUUUGAUUGGCUGUGUGGGAAGCGCUCCAGAAGCAGACGCGCGCGCUGCACAGGUAUCGUCCGCUCGCCGUGUAUAAAUAGUAUGUCUUUAAUACCGUCUUCAACGGCCGCUUCACUCAAUGACAAGCUCUCUUAGGAACUGAACUCGGUUAUAAAGUCCAUUCAGAAUGCCUGGAUCCCUCCCUGCAGUGUGCGAGGCCGCGUGGCCCAAAGAUGUGGGCAUCAUGGCCAUGGAGGUGUACGUGCCGUCCCAGUUCGUGGACCAGGCCGAGCUGGAGGAGUACGACGGCGUCGGGGCGGGGAAGUACACCGUCGGGCUGGGACAGGCCCGCAUGGGCUUCUGCUCGGACCGGGAGGACAUCAACUCCCUGUGCCUGACGGUGGUGCAGCGGCUGAUGGAGAGGAGCGGCCUGUCCUACGACAGCGUGGGCCGGCUCGAGGUCGGCACCGAAACCAUCAUCGACAAGUCCAAGUCCACCAAGACGGUCCUGAUGCAGCUGUUCGAGGAGUCGGGCAACACCGACGUGGAGGGAGUGGACACCACCAACGCCUGCUACGGGGGAACCGCCGCGCUCUUCAACGCCAUCAACUGGGUCGAGUCCAGCUCCUGGGACGGUCGCUAUGCUGUGGUCGUGGCUGGUGAUAUUGCAGUGUACGCCACGGGCAGCGCCAGGCCUACAGGGGGCGCCGGAGCCGUGGCCAUGCUAGUGGGACCCAACGCCCCUCUGGCCUUUGAGAGAGGGCUUCGUGGGACACAUAUGCAGCAUGCGUAUGAUUUCUAUAAGCCAGAUAUGGUGUCCGAGUAUCCAGUGGUGGACGGCAAGCUCUCCAUCCAGUGUUACCUCAGCGCUUUAGACCGAUGCUACUCCGUCUUCAGGAACAAGAUCCACGCCCAGUGGCAAAGAGAGGGUGUUGAGCGGCGCUGUAGUCUGGAGGACUUUGGCUUCAUGGUCUUCCACUCUCCUUACUGCAAACUGGUCCAGAAGUCUUUGGCUCGCCUAAUGCUCAACGAUUUCAUGUGUCACCCCAGUCCAAACACGGAGAGCGGCCCCUUCAGCGGACUGGAAGCUUUCAGAGAUGUGAAGAUUGAGGACACUUAUUUCGACAGAGAUGUGGAGAAGGCCUUUAUGAAAGCCAGUUCAGAACUGUUCGAGAAUAAAACCAAAGCGUCUCUCCUCAUAUCCAACCAGAACGGCAACAUGUACACGCCGUCAGUGUACGGCUGCUUGGCUUCGGUUCUCGCACAACACACAUCGCAGCAGUUGGCAGGGCAGAGGAUCGGUGUGUUUUCUUACGGCUCAGGCUUUGCUGCCACACUCUACUCCAUCAGAGUCACACAAGACGCCACACCUGGCUCUGCUCUGGAUAAGAUGGUCUCCAGCCUGUGUGACUUGCAGGCCCGACUGGACUCCAGAACGAAGGUUUCACCGGGGGUUUUUGCUGAGAACAUGAAGCUCCGAGAAGAAACCCACCAUUUAGCUAACUACAUCCCUCAAGGCUCUGUGGAGGACCUCUCCCCGGGAACAUGGUACCUGACCCGUGUGGACGAGAAGCAUCGCAGACAGUACGCCAGGCGCUCGAUGAACGACCACAGGCCGCUGGAGGCAGGACUGCUCACUGCAGCCGAGCAUAUCCCCAGCCCGCUCAAGAAGAUGCCCCGUAUCCCAACUACCACAGCUGGCCCUGAGGUGGUCGUCAGUAACGGGGAUCAUUAAUGACCUCUGUGAGGUGCAGGUCACAUCGAGGACACAGGAUCUGGAGAAGAAACGAGCUAAAAAAGACCCCAGGACUUCUGCAGCCGUCAAAUCAAACUCAAAGCUUUUUAAAUGUCCCAGGACACAAUUAGUUUGACCGUCACUGUGUUGAAGAUGAAGCGUUAGUACAUGGGAAGGUUUCUCUGCUGCUCAGAGUCAUCUAUGCAGAUCUCCUGACUUCUUUAAUCCUUUUAACUUCAAAUAUCUACCUGUUGGCCUUCCACAAGCUGCAUGUCGUCGAUCCUGUCAGUUAUCACACGUUUGAGGCCG